UGGAGCGGGUGGCAGGGGUGCAAGCAGCCCCCGCAGCACAGGACACUCUGUCUCUCAGGCUUGGGCCAUCUACAAGGGGAAGUACCACGAGGGGACGGACAAGGCUGACCCCUCCACCUGGAAGACACGUCUCCGCUGUGCCCUCAACAAGAGCACCGACUUCAAGGAGGUGCCCGAGCGGAGCCAGCUGGACAUCUCCGAGCCCUACAGGGUGUACCAGAUCGUGACUAACAAAGCCUGUGAUACAGAGGACAGUGACACACAGUCCCCAGGCAGAGAGGACCAGCAGGGCAGCACUGUGGGGAGUCCAAAGGUGGAGGAAAGCCAGAAGAACACACUGGAAACAGGCCACAUGCCCCCACAGCCCCUGCCCUCUGCCCACCUGACCAAGCAAGGGUACCUCACGAGGGGAGCCUUGCAUAGCUGGAACCUGACCCACGGCCAGCUUCUUCCUGGACCCCUGUCCUACCUCCCUGUGGAGGAUGUCAGUAAUUCAGACUGCUGGCUCCACAUCCGCCUCUACUACUGCGACAUGCUGGUGAAGGAGCUGACCACCCGCACGGCCGAGGGCUGCCGCAUCACCACCCGCGCCGUGCCGGCCGACAGCGAGCGCCUCUACGGCCCCUCCUGCAUGGAGCAGAUCGAGUUCCCCCCGCCGCAGUGGGUAGCACCUGAGGGGGUCUUCAUGAAGCGUCAGUGCCAGGGCAGGGUGUACUGGAAUGGGCCACUGGCCCCACACAAGAACUGGCCCAACAAGCUGGAGAGGGAGAAGACCUACAAGCUUCUGGACACGCAGCAGUACCUGCAGCAGCUGCAGGAGUACCUGGACAACGGACAGCUCAUGCCACAGUACCAGAUCCACCUGUGCUUUGGGGAAGAAUACCCCACCAGAGUCGGGCACCCCUUCCAGAAACUCAUCAUGGCCCACGUGGAACCGGUGUUUGCACGGGAGCUCUUCCACUACGCCCAGCGCUCGAGGCCGACGCUGCUCCGCAGCUCCCACCAGCCCUGUGCCCCCGGUGCCUCCAGCCGUGUUAUCCAUGUCCUCAAACAGCUCUGCCAGCCCUGA